AUGAAGGGAGAGACAAAAAGAGUUGAAACCCAGCGCCGAUAUUCCAUCUAUGCCUCAGGUGUCAACACUAACCACUUUUGGCUUGAAGUGGCCGCCUCCCUACGGCGCGCCGCAACGCGAACUCCAGAAACUGAAAUCUUAAAGCUGGAGAGCUUUGACAACAUCUACCUUGACCUCUCCAAGCUCCCUGGAAAGUGCAAGCUUGCCGACAGUGGUCUGGGAUGGCGUCCUUCUGGCGGAGGUGACACUUUCACUCUGGACAGCAACAACAUUGGCGCAGCUCACUGGAGUCGCGCGGCGAAGGGCUUUGAACUGAAGAUCCUGUCGCGAUCAUCAGGAGUCAUCCAGCUGGAUGGUUUUGACCAAGAAGACUUGGACCGUGUAAGCAAGGCCUUCAAAGUCUGGUAUGGUAUCAACGUGGAGACUCGCGAGCACGCAAUCCGAGGAUGGAACUGGGGUAAGGCAGAGUUCACAAAAGCAGAGCUUGCCUUCAACGUGCAAAACCGACCCGCUUUCGAAGUCCCUUACUCCGAAAUUUCAAACACCAACUUGGCCGGACGAAACGAGGUUGCCAUUGAAUUUGCGCUUGGUGUCGGCGAAGGAGCCGAGGCCACCGAGAAGCCUGGAAGCACAAAGAACCGCGGCCGCAAAGCCGCUGCGGGUCCCGACGAGUUGGUCGAAAUGCGAUUCUACAUUCCCGGAACAGCUGUGAAGAAAGAGAAGACCGAAGGCGCCGAGGGCGAAGAAGAGGAGAACGACGAAGAAGUUGAGGAACAAAAUGCGGCCAACCUCUUCUACGAGACUCUCAUGGAUAAGGCUGAGAUUGGUGACGUCGCUGGAGAUACCUUUGCUACCUUCCUGGAUGUUCUGCACCUUACCCCCAGAGGCCGUUUCGAUAUCGACAUGUACGAAUCGUCCUUCCGGCUACGCGGCAAGACAUACGACUACAAAAUCCAAUACUCGGCCAUUAAGAAGUUCUUCCUUCUUCCCAAGAACGAUGAUACCCACACACUUAUCGUGCUCGGCCUUGAUCCUCCCCUUCGUCAAGGUCAGACCCGUUAUCCAUUCCUGGUCAUGCAGCUGAAGCUGGACGAGGAAAUCAGCCUUGAAAUUAACAUGACAGAGGACCUCAUGCAAAACCAGUACAAGGACAAGUUGCAAGCACACUACGAAGAGCCCAUUCACCAGGUUGUGACCAAGGUCUUCCGCGGUCUGUCUGGAAAGAAGGUCAUCAUGCCCUCGAAGGACUUUGUCAGCCACCACGGCCACCAUGGUGUGAAGUGCUCCAUCAAGGCCAACGAGGGUCUUUUGUACUUCUUGGACAAGAGCCUGAUGUUCGUUCCCAAGCCCGCAACUUACAUCCAGAUGGAGAACAUUGCCAUUGUCACGAUGUCCCGUGUUGGUGGUGCUGUCUCCGCCAGCCGCACCUUUGAUAUCACCGUCAGCCUGAAGGGUGGCUUGGGCGAGCAUCAGUUCAGCAACAUUAACCGUGAGGAGCAAAAAUCGCUUGAGGACUUCUUCAAGGCGAAGAACAUUCGCAUCAAGAACGAGAUGGCCGAGGAGGCUUCUGGACUUAUUGCUGCCGCUCUUGAGAAUGAUGCUAUGAUGGGAUCCAGUGACGAAGAGGCCCGACCUGACCGUGGAUCUGCCGAUGAAGAUGAGGAGUCCGUCGACGAGGACUUUGAUGCUUCUUCUGACUCCGAUGUGGCCGAGGAGUUCGACUCUGACCACGAGAGCAGCGGUGGCAGUGACGUUGAAAUGGGCGAUGCUUCCGAUGGUGAAGAUCAGCGACCAGCCAAGAAGAGCAAGACCGAUAAUUAA